AUGCAACAAAACAGCAGUGUGACAGAGUUUGUACUGUUAGGGUUGACACAGGAUCCUCAGAGACAAAAUAUGGUGUUUUUCAUCUUCUUGCUUUUCUAUGUGUGCACUCUUGUGGGGAAUAUGCUCAUCAUUGUGACCAUCACAUUCAGCUCAACACUUGGGAGUCCCAUGUACUUCUUCCUGUUUCAUUUGUCCUGUGCAGAUACCUUCUUUUCAACAUCCAUAGUACCCAGACUACUUGUGGAUUCCCUCUCUGCAAAGAAAAUCAUUUCGUACAAUGAAUGUAUGACCCAAAUCUUUGUACUGCAUCUAUUUGGAAGCUUAGAGAUCUUUGUCCUUGUCCUCAUGGCCAUUGAUCGCUAUGUGGCCAUCUGCAAGCCCUUGCGCUACCCAACCAUCAUGAGGAGGCAGGUCUGCCUCAUCUCCAUUGUGUUUGCCUGGAUUGGUUCUUUUGUACAUGGCACUACUCAGAUUAUUCUGCUCUUGAGACUGCCCUUCUGUGGACCCAAUUUGAUUGACCAUUACUGCUGUGAUUUGCAGCCCUUGUUGAAACUUGCCUGCAUGGACACUUACGUGGUCAACUUGCUGUUUGUUUCCAACAGUGGGGCCCUUUGCUCCUGCAGUUUUGUUGUUCUGAUGAUCUCAUACAUAGUCAUCUUGCGCUCACUGCGAAACCACAGUGCAGACGGGAGGAAGAAAGCCCUCUCCACUUGCUCUUCUCACAUCAUUGUAGUUGUACUAUUUUUUGGCCCCUGUAUAUUCAUAUACACACGUCCACCAACCACUUUGCCCAUAGACAAGAUGGUAACAGUGUUUUAUACAGCCGGAACACCCUUUCUCAACCCACUUGUGUAUACUCUGAGGAAUGCAGAAGUGAAGAAUGCCAUGAGAAAGCUGUGGCAUGUUCUAAGGAUGGGUGAAUAA